AUGGCUGUUCUCGCAGCUUCUCGCACUGCCAACACCCAGCCGAGGAGUCCAUGGUCACCUUCACUGGCUCCCACAGAGGAUCAACUUGAACCCAUAUUCGAGGACGACUUUUUCGAGUGGCUGAGUGAUGAUAGAAAUAAUUCCACCGAUGAAGAGGAGGGCCUGUAUGACUCAGGCGAGUGGGAACCUCCCACACAGGAUGAGAAUGAACGGGAGCCUCCUGUAGAUGAAGAUGAUCAGGGCGCUGAAGAGGUAUAUGAUAUUGAAGCUCGCCAGCAGAUAGAAGAACAUGUUGUAGGGCAAGAUAAUAUCGUUGUCGUACCAUAUCCGGAUGCACGCGCAGGUAAACCCAUAACUGGACGACCUACUCGCUGUGCAAAUGCCACAUAUGGACUUGAUUCUGGCAGCACUGUAAACAUUUAUGCCCCCUUUUCCUCCCAAAUGGACUGGGAUAUCGCCAAAUGGGCGAAGCUACAUGGUUCUAGCUCAACAGCAUUUACUGACUUGCUUGAAAUUGAAGGACUCAGUGAUCGUCUUGGCCUCUCAUAUAAGAAUUCAAAAGAGCUAGACAAGAUCAUCGACAACAACCUUCCCGGGCGACCGAAGUUCAAGCGUGAACAAAUCAUUGUUGCGGGGGAAGCAUUCGAUGUCUUCUACAGAGACAUUAUUGAAUGUAUCAAAGCGCUGUACAGUGACCCUGACUUCGCUGAUUUUCUAGUAUUUGCACCCGAGCAUCACUACGCUGAUGAAGAUCAAACUGUACGGUUGUUUCAUGACAUUCAUACCAGCCAGUGGUGGUGGGACAUGCAAGUGACGAUGUUCAGGAAUAAAAGUGCCUAUCCUGUCUAUCUCACCAUUGGUAACAUUCCAAAAGAAAUUCACCGAAAGCCAUCCCGUCGCGCCCAUAUCCUCUUGGCAUACUUGCCCACUACCCGCCUUGAGCACAUCGCAAACAAAGCUUCAAGACGCCGUACUAUUUCAAACCUUUAUCAUGCCUGUAUGAGUCGCAUACUGGCUCCACUUAAGACUGCUGGUACUGAUGGGCUGGUAAUGAGUAGUGGUGAUGGCGUGGAACGUCAUUGUCAUCCUUUGUUCGCGUGCUUUGCAGGUGACUAUCCCGAGCAAUUGCUCGCUACUGGAGUGAAGGCAAUGGAAUGCCCGAAAUGUGACAUUCCUACAGAGGAACUCGGGAGUAACACGGCACCAUUUGAAAUACGCGACCUUCACGCUGUUUUGGACGCUCUUUCCAGGAUUGACGACAGUGACCUGGUGUUUGUACAGGCAUGUCGUGAAGCUGGAAUCAAACCCAUUAUACACCCAUACUGGGAGGACCUCCCUCAUGCAAAUAUUUUUCAGGCAUUGUAUCAAGGUCUUAUCAAACAUCUGCUUGGAUGGCUCGCACAAGCAUGUGGUGCAGCAGAGAUUGAUGCACGAUGUCGUCGCUUACCUCCCAAUCAUCAUAUUCAAAUAUUCAUGAAGGAUAUCACCAGCCUCUCACGUCUCAGCGGUACUGAACACAGUCAAAUAUGCCGAUUUCUCCUCAGUAUCAUCAUCGAUACUCGACUUCCUGGAAACCUUGCUUCGUCUCGCCUCCUCAAGGCUGUGCGCAGUCUUCUCGACUUCCUUUACCUCGCUCAGUACCCAUGUCAUAGUUCUGAGACGCUGCUUUUACUGGAUGAAGCUUGUGCUCUCUUUCACGACAACAAGGAGAUAUUCAUUGACCUCGGAAUACGAACCAAUUUCAACCUCCCGAAGCUCCACUCAGGACGCCACUACUUGACUAUGAUUCAAACUUUUGGGACAACAGAUAAUUAUAAUACGGAGUACACGGAGCGGCUACAUAUUGAUCUUGCCAAGGAUGCCUACCGUGCGACCAAUCAUAAGGAUGAAUUUAUACAGAUGACGAAGUGGCUAGAGUGGAAGGAGAAGAUCGCUCGUCAUGAGCAGUUCAUAAAAUGGCAUCUUGACGGGGAUCGUGCUCCUCAUCAUCCGCAUCCACCUGACUUAUGCUUUGAUCGCACCCAGCAAUUGACAAAGCAUCCAAGCGCUAAAGCUGUCCCCAUUCAAAAAUUGAUCACUGACUAUGGUGCAACCUACUUCCGACAGGCCCUCGCUCGUUACAUCGCACAACAACAGAAUCCAAAUGAGGUGAUUACUCACCAGCGCCUGGAAAACCUUGCUGCAGGUAUUCAUCUGCCUUUCCACGCUGUUCCUGUGUAUCACAAGAUAAAGUGGUUGUCGACUGACGCUCGGGGACACAGCGAUCCGCUUGUCGCAGUGGAUACAUGCUUUGAUACUGCACUUAUCAAUGAUGGUACUGGUAGUUUUGUUGGGGUUAAAGGCUUCCGUGUAGGUCAAAUUCGUCUUGUUUUCUCAAUUCCGGCAUCAGCAACACAGUUUUUGUUCCCUCCUGUUAAGGUCGUACUCUCGUAA